ACUAACUAAACGAAAAUCCUCUUACCAUUGACAUACCUAAAAUGGCAGCAACAAAACAGGUAAGCCUGAAGCUUUUGAUAGAGAAAAAGAGCCAGCGGGUGCUCUUUGCUGAAGCAGACAAGGAAUUUGUUGAUUUCCUCUUUAGCAUUUUCAUUCUGCCGGUCGGAACUAUCACUAGGCUCUUACAAAAGAAAAACAUGGCAGGCUGCUUGCGUAGCCUGUACAAGAGCAUAGAGAAUUUGAGUGAUAUUUACCUUCAGCCAGACCAAGAUAAAAACUUUCUGCUCGACCCAAAAGUAGCCAUUUCUGGUGCUAAAGUCCCUCUCCUCUUGCCAAGCGUUGAGCAGUCAUAUACAGCCACUAAUUUUUAUAGGUGUGUGCAUGUCAGUUCUGGCAGUAGCAAGUACAGCAACUGUAGUGAGUACGUGGCUAAUGACCAGAGAGCAAUUUGUCCUCAUUGCAAGAGUUCAAUGACAUCCGAGCAAAAAUACGUAGAGUACCCACCAAGGGAUAUCAAGGCAUCCUCCUCUAGUGAGGGAGGUUACGUGAAAGGGGUGAUUACUUACAUGGUUAUGGAUGAUCUUGACGUGAAGCCCAUGUCCACCAUCUCUUCUAUCUCUUUACUUACCAAGUUUGGUGUCAGGGACCUUGGGGCUGUUGAGGAGAUGGUGGUGGAUUUAGGCAUUGAUGAGGUUCUGAGUUUGCUCGAGGCUUCUUUAAAAUCUAAGACUGUUCUGACCGAUGUCUUCCUUUCAAACCAUACUGACAAUGAGAUAGAAGUAAUUCAGGAUGUGUGCCUAAAUACAGAGCCAAAUGAAAGCACCGUUGCUUCUUGUUAGUCUCUUCUAAUUUCGAGGUGCAGGAACACUGUGGAAUAAUUUGUCCCAAAAAAGUAUUAUGUGAGUUUGGUAUUUUGGU